AUGGCAGAGACCGUGUUAAAUUCCAAGAAUAUUAUGAUCUCUCUUGGGAACCCAAGCGUUCUUCGUCGGUACUACGAAAAGGUUUUCGAAAAUCUGCUACAGACGAAUUGCAGGAUUCUUGCAAAAGUUCCUGAUGAGACUAAGCCGCCAUGGUGGCCGCUUGAAGUGCGACAUCGAGAGCCAGAUCAUCUGUACAAAGCCGAACGAAUCGAGCUGCUCAUUCAUAUUCUUUGUGAAUUACGCGCCAGCCACGGAGUCACUGCGCGCAGAUUGAGAGCGGCAGAUGAGAUCAUCCGACGACAGAUAUGUCCAACCGAUCGAAUAAAUCUACUUGAUGAACUAUACUACGUGCGAGAGAAUGAAGAGAAACUUCUCGAUGGUACUCACAGCGUGAAUGCGAGAGUUUCAAUUUCGCGGGACAACGUGCCGAACGACUUGGAACUUACCAUCAUUCAAAAUCCCAUUUGCGUAAGAAGCUCCCCACGCAGCCAGAUGUCUGAAGCACAGCCGAUACCUCAAGAUCCUCUCAUGCUCAGCGGGCCAAUCCGAGAGGUUGCACACAUUGUGCCACUCGAUUCUGGGGCGCCUGAUAGCGAAACAACACGGUCUCCUCACCAGAUGUCCUUCAGUAGCCCUCGGUCUAUUCCAACUUCCACGUCUGUAUUCCCUUCAGAUUUCGAGUACGGCAAUGAUUCUCAGACAAGCUACCUCUCUACUUCAAGCUCUGUGUGUAUGGAGCAUUACUUUCUUAGUGACCUGGACUAUCAGUCCUAUCUGACAGACCCUUCGCAAGAAAUACUAGCCCAUCGACUAGAACAUCCCGCAACCAAAACCCGGCCUAGAAUUGAAACAUUCAGAGAGUCCGUGAACGUUGAUGGAUUCAAUCAGGCCCUGGAGGGAUGUGCGUGGUACUGA